CCUUUUGAUUUUGCGUCUCCUCGUCAUUCGCCAUCUUACAGAGGUUGCAGAGAGAAAAGUGAAGGUUUAAUUAGGGUUUUGCCGGAGGAGACGAAGAGAUGAGUCGCAGUUUGGGAAUACCGGUGAAGCUCCUUCACGAGGCCUCCGGUCAUGUCGUCACUGUGGAACUGAAGAGCGGCGAGCUUUACAGAGGAAGCAUGAUCGAGUGUGAGGACAACUGGAACUGUCAGCUCGAGAACAUCACCUACACCGCCAAGGAUGGUAAGGUGUCUCAGCUUGAGCAUGUCUUCAUCAGAGGCAGCAAAGUCAGGUUUAUGGUCAUACCAGACAUGCUCAAGAAUGCUCCAAUGUUCAAACGUUUAGAUGCUAGAAUCAAGGGUAAGAGCUCAUCAUUGGGCGUAGGCAGAGGUAGAGCUGUUGCAAUGCGUGCCAAAGCUCAGGCUGCCGGGCGUGGAACUGGUGGGAGGGGUUCGGUGCCACCCGUGAGACGGUGAUUUAACUCUCCAAAGUAAACAAUCUUUUGGGGUAUCCUCUGGUAAAGCGAUAGUCUUUGUCCUUGUCCUUUCGUUUAUGCUUAGGUUUUCUCUGCAAAACCAAUGUUUGACAUUAACGAGGGCAUGGGACAGAUAGAGAGAGAGAUGACCGGAUGCUCUUUGUUUCUGUAUUUGGGUAGUAAGAUGUUGGAAUGUUGACAUGUUUUCAGAUGGUCUUUUGCGAAUUCCACCAUGAAUUCUGCAGAAUGACAUUGAAGUACUAUGAAAAUUUUUA